GUGCUCUACAGCGGCGCUCCUGUAGAGAGCGGUAGACGGUCUGGAACUGAUCUGGGGCCAGCGAGCAGAGCUCUACUGUACAUGAGGAGGGUGGAGCGAGCCAGCGUCUCUUCUCAUUGCUCCCCCUGUCGUGGCAUCCCGUCCACAAGCCGCCUGAUCCUACACACCAAGGAGGACAACAUCUGAGCACCGACACGGUGGACGCGCGAGGAAAAGGGACCGGAAGCCCAAGUGCUUCGUCCGCGUUAAUCUGAAGAGCUCACGCCUCGGGAAGGACUAGACCGCGAGCCCGUCUGCAGCGCAGCGUGGAGCCUCGCACCCGACCGCUCUCCGUUUCCCUCCCGAACCCGACCCGGACCCACCCAGACCCCGCCGGAACGCACCGAACCCCGGCGUGCCGCCCAAAGACCCCGGCUGCCUGAGCGUCGCUGGACUGCAGCCUGCAGAUCAUUAACCCCCGCCGGGCCCACCGAUGCCUGGGAUCCAGAGCCUGCCUGGCUGUGAGGACCAGUACCAGUAGAGGGUCCAGCGUCUGAGGAGAACCGGCGAUCUCAGUUCAGGUCCUGCUCCCCCAGGAACCCGCGGCUUUCGUCCAGACACCCCCCCCCCCCCCCUCUGACAGCGGCAGAGCGUGCGGGCCCCCGAGCAGCACGGAGGGUCCGGUCCCUCUGGAGACCGCCUGGCUCCCGGGACCCUGCCAUGUCUCGCUGACCAGCCCUGCCCGACCAGCGAAUGACAAGCGAGCAUCCGAGGGUGGGGCCCGCCUCAGUCUCGCGUGAUUGGCCGCUGGAUGGAAUUCAGGUGAAUGGAACACAUGCCCAAGGAGCAGGACCCUAACCUAUCAGAGGGAGAUGAGAAACGGUGGCUCGAUGGCCCGAAGAGGAAAAGGAAGAACAGCCAAUGUUCGGUGAAGAGCAUGACUGGGUAUAUUCCCAGUUACUUAGAAAAGGAUGAACCGUGUGUGGUGUGUGGGGAUAAGGCCACUGGCUACCACUACCGCUGUAUUACCUGCGAGGGAUGCAAGGGCUUCUUCCGCCGGACCAUCCAGAAGAACCUGCACCCCGCCUACUCCUGCAAGUACGAAGGCGGCUGCAUCAUCGACAAGAUCACCCGCAACCAGUGCCAGCUCUGCCGCUUCAAGAAGUGCAUCGCCGUUGGGAUGGCGAUGGACCUGGUUCUGGACGACUCGAAGCGCGUGGCCAAGCGGCGGCUGAUCGAGGAGAACCGCGAGCGCCGUAAGAAGGAGGAGAUGGUGAAGACGCUGCAGAACCGGCCGGAGCCCACCGGCGCCGAGUGGGAGCUGAUCCAGCUGGUCACGGACGCCCACCGCCACACCAACGCCCAGGGCUCCCACUGGAAGCAGAAACGCAAGUUCCUGGCGGACGACAUCGGGCAGUCGCCGGCCGUGCCCGCCACCGACAGUGACAAGGUGGACCUGGAGGCGUUCAGCGAGUUCACCAAGAUCAUCACCCCCGCCAUCACCCGCGUGGUGGACUUUGCCAAAAAACUGCCCAUGUUCUCAGAGCUGCCCUGCGAGGACCAGAUCAUCCUGCUGAAGGGCUGCUGCAUGGAGAUCAUGUCGCUGCGCGCCGCCGUGCGCUACGACCCCGAGAGCGAGACGCUGACGCUCAGCGGCGAGAUGGCGGUGAAGCGCGAGCAGCUGAAGAACGGCGGGCUGGGCGUGGUGUCGGACGCCAUCUUCGACCUGGGCAAGAGCCUGGCGCAGUUCAACCUGGACGACACGGAGGUGGCGCUGCUGCAGGCCGUGCUGCUCAUGAGCUCAGACCGCUCGGCGUUGACCUCCGUGGACAAGAUCGAGAAGUGCCAGGAGACGUACCUGCUGGCCUUCGAGCACUACAUCAACUACCGCAAGCACAACAUUCCCCACUUCUGGCCCAAGCUGCUGAUGAAGGUCACGGACCUGCGCAUGAUCGGUGCGUGCCACGCCAGCCGCUUCCUCCACAUGAAGGUGGAGUGCCCCAACGAGCUCUUCCCCCCGCUCUUCCUGGAGGUCUUCGAGGACCAGGAGGUGUGACCGUGCGACGGCGGCGGCGGCGGCAGGGGGGGGGUGGUGGUGUCCCUGGAGACGCUGGAGGGGUUUUCUAAAGGAGGAAGCGAGAGCCGAACUUUUUUUUUUCCAUUUCACGUUCUAUCAGGAGUUAGGGCGGCACGGACGAACAGCGAAACACACCAACAGCCGGAGCGCCCCGACACACAACCACACACACACACACACACUCACUCACACACACACACACACACACACACACACACACACACACACACACACACACACAAACCUCUCUCUGUUUGUUUUUGUCUUUGUUGUUGGAAACGCGCACACAGACGCGCGCGUACAUAUACACACACUCCUCCACCCGUCGAUCCGGCUUCCCGUUAGCCCCCGUUACCCCCGGUUAGGGGCCUCUGUAGGAGCCCAUCUACGGGUCACUCCUGUGGAGGCCCUGCGUUAGGGAGCCCUCUUAGGGGCCCCGUGUCUUAUCUGGUGAUCGCAGCCAUUUGCCAAGACGCACACGUCUACAAACACACACACACGCACACACGCAAAUCACAGGUGCGAACAAACACACAUAGCUGCAACAUUUAGACUCUAGCAGGCGGGGUCCCUGCAUGGAGUUAUGGGGGAUUAAGGGGGGGUUGAGGGUAGGUUAAGGGGGGUUGAGGGCGGUGUUGUGGGCGGUUCAACAGUAGCAGCUCUCACCUGGAGACUCAACUCAACUCAAGUAUUGUUCCACUGCUUAAUUCGCCUUCGCUGGUGUCUAAACCGCCGAAGGCAGACAGGCCGCUACAACAAACACACACACGCGCACACACACACACACACACACACACACACACACACACACACACACACACACACACACACACACACACACACACACACACACCGCAAACGCAAACUGAGCCCUAUGUUCUUAGUUCUCAUAUUGUUGUCGUUGAGCCUUUGUUUUUUUUUUAAGUUGUUUAACUCCCGGUGCUAUAUAUUUAUGAAGCUACUCUAGUUAGACGACGUUGUGUUUGGUCAAACCUUUAUCGAAACAGAAAAGGCUCAGUAUCUACCUUCAGUUCAGUUCAUAGGACCAGUGCCUGUGAAACAAACACACAACAGAACACCGUUUACUCCACUCACACACGGACUCACACACACAGAGACACAUGAAGCAUUUCCUCAGCAAACCGUCAGGAAUCACAAGAGCUCCUCUCUCUCACCGAGCGGGGGGGGGGGGGUCACAGGAGUAUGUUGAGGGGGGUGGGAGGAGGGGAAGGAGAGGGAGAUGGAGAGAAAUAGCGGAGUAGUCGAUUCAGUGACAAAGGAAAGUCAGGAGUGAAUCCACGAUUCCCUCAGAAACUUGCCUUCAUUGAGGGUUUCAAGCGCAUUGCUGGCGGAUGUGCAGGGAAAUGUGGGCUAACACACACACACACACACACACACACACACACACACACACACACACACACACACACACACACACGCAUACCUGCAAGGACCCAUACACAAACACACGCAUGCACACACACAAACACAUACCUGCAAGGUACCACACACACACACCUGCAAGGACCCAUACACACACUUUUUAUAAUGUGUCCGUCGCAGACGUGCAGACACAUUGACAGAAACAGCAUCACCUCAGAAUAACUCGAAUGCCUCAUGUGUACGCAGCGCACCCGCGUAUAUAUCACCGCCCUGCAGGGUACGUGGAAAAGGCCCUGCACGGGGUCCGAGCUCAGUGACGCCCCCCCAGGCCUCUGCACACACACGCACACACACACACACACACACACACACACACACACACACACACACACACACACACACACACUUCCACCACAGGCAUCCCCAAUAAGCAGGCAACACGGCCCAGAACGGCUGGCAAAUUACCUCAAAUACCUGGCCGGGCCCUCCAGGCCGAGACGCCAGUAUUGGCCCCCCUCCUGUGGUGUCAGGUUCUACCUCAACUCUCUGGACACACACUCACACACACAGACGCACACACACACACACACACACACACUCUCCACCAUAGUUAGACGUACACAUCGCUGUGCAGAGCGUGGCAUGGGAUGCGAUCUACCUCCGUAGAUCGCCAAAGACAUCGGUGACAUCAGUCGGUUGAAGUUCAACACCACUGUAGAAGACGGGGUCCCUACGCCCUGGGGGGUCCGGCCCUACGCCCCGGGAGCGGUACUCACCCUUCAGGUUCUCUCUUUGUCCAACGGGACCACGGAAUCUGGGUCCCAUUGUCUUUAUUUUCUGCAAGGAGCAGAGUGGGACGGUUGGCAGUGGCCGACGGACUCCGACCGGAGCCAUCAUCACGCCCGGCGCGACCACGUCCGUAGAUUAGCAUGCUUCGGGAAAACCUAGGGGGUGAUUCGACGGAACGUCACGGCGGUCCCGACGUCGACUAAAGAUGGCUGCCAUUGAUGUCGAUGAUAGCGUUGCCAUUGAAGCGGGCGUCGGCUCCGGCGGGACGGGACGGGACGGGGGGGGCGGGCGUUAUGCGCCCACCCCCCCCCGUUGUGCAGCAGUCCCUCGUCGAGUGUCAUGCACUUUAGGAAUGCGUAUGGCGACGAUAUCACUCAUUCCCUGGCAGAUGUCUUAAGUGUGCGAGCCGAACGAUGGUGAAGAAUGUUGAGGAAGAACCGGGAGUGUCUUCCCGCUCCGCCGCCGGCCGCGCUGGGGGGGGGGGGGGGGGGGGGGGCGUGGUGGAGGAGAAAAGCAACCCACGGGCAAGGCAGCGCCGGGAACCCGGGGAUUCAGACCAGCAAUCCCCCCCCCCCUAAAGGUUGACGUGCUUUGACCUUUAGGAACACCCUGCUGGGAGCCCAUGCCCCCCCCAACACUCCUAAGACCUGCCCCUGGCCCCACCCGCCCCCCCAAUCCGGACACCAGCUUUUAAACGGCGGUGGUGUCGUCACUGCCCCCCCCCCCCCCCCCACCCCGAGACUUUAGCACUUACUGCAGUGGUCCUCGCCUCUCCAACCCCCCCACCAGCGAGACGCUUCCUGUUUACUUCCUGUGUCUGAUCCCGGGAGCUUCGUUUCCAUGGCGACCCAACCAGCUCUGUCUAACAGAGGCCAGCGGUCCGAAACCGGGACGAUCAGUGGUAGACCCAAACGAACGCGGAGGGGAGGAGCCUCUGGGGUUCUAAAUACCUGGCCCCUCGAUCUCAAAGAGCCCCUCGAUCUCAAAGAGCCCCUCGAUCUCAAAGAGCCCCUCAAUCUCAAAGAGCCCCUCAAUCUCAAAGAGCCCCUCAAUCUUAGCCCCCAGCCCCACCCAACCCCAAAGCAGCACCAAUCACCUUUCUCCCUGAUUCCCCCGACCCCCCCUCCCUGAGGCUGGAGCCACCGAGUUGGUCCAGAAGCACUACAAGCAGAAGGAGGUUCCAGAAGGAGCACCGGUCAUACGCGUCCCUUGUGAAACAAGGGGGGGCGUGGCUCUGGUGGAAGGGGCGUGGCUCUUAGCAGGGGAGUGAAGAGAGAGAUCGUGAAUAGAGGGGGGGAGGAACCUCUCAAACUGGGGGGGGAAACCUCAAAAGGGCCGACCUCUGACCUCUGGUGCGUGUGUGUGCAUGUGACCUUUAGGAGCUAAAACGCUGCUUUACGGUCGGGAGUUUGACUUCUCGCAGAGGGAAGGAAACAUGAACGUAUGAGAAAUGACUACGAAACCAUAAAGAAAAUCAAAAGAUAAGACUUUUCUGAAAACAAGGACUCCUGAUCAAAGGCUUGGAGAUUAUGCUUUUUUUUUUUAUUAAUGUUUUUUUUUGUUGUCGUUUGAUUUCAUUGCUACAACUGCUCUGUGUGAUAGAAAAAAAUAAGGAGGAUCUCACUUUUUGACCAUGCGUGCAGUGUAACAGGAACCUUCACCUCUUUUCCACCGGUUUGGUUCGUCUCGAUAAGCUGAUUAAUCUCUCGUCUGUCCGUGUGAUUGUCCGUCCUCUUUACCAAGUGGAUUUAUAACCGACAAAAACAGGAAUAUUUUCUUUUUUUUUAUAUAAAUAUAUAUUUGUUUCCUUUUUUUAAAAUGAAAGACAACUCUGGAAAAAAAAAAAAAACAGGAAAAAAACGAUGCAAACGAAACAAACACAAAAAGAAUGUAAAAAAAAAAAAAAAAAUCUUACAAAAUCUAAAAACAAAACAAAAAAAAUGGCAACCGAUCUUCUCAUACCUCACACAACUCGAAACUCAGAGGAACCAGGGCCGUCGCUCUGCAGGCACAUGUGGAAGUGGAAUAAUGCAUCAAAACUUAAAGAUCUAUAUAUCUAUAUGGAUGUCUAUAUAUAUAUAUAUAUAUAUACACAUCGGUACAGGGAAAACGUAUGUGGAGUUGAUAUGUGCUUGCGGAGCAAAUGCGUAGAUGACAAGAGGACUCCUCUCUCCAGCUCGGCCGCGGGCCCCUCAUUAAAGACCCUUAGACCAACGGCUUACACCGAGCACACCUCCACCGAUCUGGAAGGCGAGUCGACAGCCCUCGGUGAGGCCCCCGACCCUCUGGAGAGACGGUCCUCUUGGGCAGAGUGUUUUCUGGUAUUGAAUGUAGCAGACUGGGCUGGUUCUGAGACCAGCAACCCCUCGACCUCAUUUCCACACACCAGCAAAACCAGACUGUGGUGUCACUUGAUGUUACAACAAACGUAUGACUAGGACUGCAUCGCUCCAACCUCAUGGUGCAAUAAGAUAUUGGUUGGGUUUUUUGUUCAGCUGUUGUUGUUGUUGUUUCUCCUCUUUCUGUUUUUUCCAUUUUGGCCAUAACCAAGGAUGUAAAUACAGCAAAAUGAAAGGUAAAAGUCAGUUCAUGUUACAACAAAGUAUGCAACAUUCACACGGAAACAGAUGUGGUGUAAACAAGACUAAUUACCGUUAACGCCAUCUCGGGAGGAUUUACAAUUGGACGUGUUUUUCUCAUACUCUGUACCUGUGCUUGUCUGCUUGUGCGUUGUGCACGCAUGCUAAUGACCCUUCAGCCCGUGUAACAUUAAUAUAAAUCACGUUGCUCAUUGCAAAGUGAUGCCCCCACACACCCCUGCAGAGCUCCAGUCUCACCAUCGUGUUGUACUUCCUGCCCCGCGGGAAGGCCUAAAAUGUGUUUUCAGUGAAACCUAAUGUAGUUCUUUGAUACUGACAAUGUGAGUGGUGUGCAUCUAAUGUUAAAGGCGUCACUUUGUAGUUCUUUUGUCUAAUUCCAAACAGUUGGUGCCUCAUAGGUGUUCAUUUUUCUUUGUUGGAUUUGUUCCCCCCCGUAGUUCUCACCUCGACCUCAGUUAAGCUACAAACAGCUCCCCCCCCCCCCCAUAUCAUAGAGAUAAGCCCACCCCUCCCUCUCUUACCCCCAGCAGUAAGACCCACCCCAACCCCCCCCCCCCCCCCCCCCACGUCUGAAGGUUGGGACUGAUGGUUGACUUAUAUUAUAUGAUGACAGAUUGUUAACAAUGUUGGGUGUGGUUGUGUUUCACCCCACCCUAAUGCCAAAUGUUAGUUUGUAAGGACAUGCAUGUAGCAAUAUGUCUAUGCAAUUCUCCUCCACCCUCGUCUCAGAGGAAGGCCGCUUGGUUUAGCACCACCACCUCACCUGGUGGUGGUGGACGAAGGCGUCUGAUAGGGCCCAGCCCUACUAGACUCUGGCUGGGGCGCUGGGGAAAUACAAAAAGGUGUUGUUUCAUGUAAACUGCUACAAAAGUGAUGUUUGAGUGUUUUGAUUUUUUUUUUGUUGUGUGUGUGUGUAUGUAAUUGUGUGUCUUAAUUUGGGUAUGAUUUGUGUGCGCUUCAUUCAUUGGUCGUUGUUGGUCGUGCUAACUCAUGCGGUACCUGGCUCCCCCAAAGUUUGAACAAGACCAGUGGUCCUAUUGGCUCUUUCUUAUAGUGAGUAGUUAGAUGAAGUGUGUCCCAUGGCCAAACGAAUGUAAUGCCAUAUUGUGUAUUCUCAGCGGAUUGUGGAUGAUGAUAACAGAUGGAGUGACCUUUGACCUCUCCCGAGGAACCCCCUGCGCCAAUCAGAUUAACCAAAUUUCCCUUUAAGUGUUUAACGUAGUUAAACGAUCUACGGGGAAAUAUAAAGCACCCUGUGGAUUCUAAUCCUAGCACUAUGAUGACAUUGCACUCUAAGCACGUCCAACCUAGUAGGUUUUUUUAUCAAGAAAAAGAUUUGAACUGUAGUGUGGAAAUCUGAUUUUUGCUCAACCCAAACUUUUUAUAAAUAUAUAUAUACAUAUAUUCCAGAAGAUUUUGUAAUGAAAUGCGAAAGAGUUAAAAAAUGCAAUUCGGCACAUCUCCUGGUCUUGUCAAAAUAAGAGCGUGAUAUUUGCCUCCUUGCUCUUAAAGGCACCCAUCCACGUGAGCAUCAGUUAGCACAAAGGCCACGCCCCCCCCCACACAGCCACACACACACACGCGCUCAAACGAGGGCUUUUUUCUUUUGUUAAGGAAAGCUAUUGAAGGAUUCUCUCAGGUUAAAAAAAAAAAGAAACUUUUUCUAAUAAAUGAUGAACCUUAGAUGAACCUCCAUUGUUAACUCCUCUUUUUGUCUUCAGUUUUUACGAUUGGGGCGCAUCACGUCCUGCUUCUCCUCCCAUGUCCCCGUCCCCCCUGGCGCCACUCCCCGAUUGGCUGGGAGAUAGCGUGACUCAUGGGAGCCGAGGGGAGGGAUUCAGACCAGCGUUGUUCUCUGCAGACUGUUUAGGUUUGGCUCUGUGUGCACGAGUGUGUGUGUGGGCGAGUGUGUUUACCGGGGUCACUGAUCCAACUCCAGCUUCCCCUUCACGGCUUCAUCCCGCAUGCUGCACACUCACAUGCCCCCCUCCCCCUGGCAGACCCCCCCCCUCCCCCUCUGUCCCCCCCGUCUCCCCGUGAAGGCUUAGUUAUGGUUGUACGUUGACGCAACGCAGGGGGGUUUACCGACCCAUUACGUCCGUGCGGACCCUCCUUACCUUCACCGUCAGGGCUUGACGUGCGCCUCCCAAAAACGUUAACCUUGCGUUGAGGCGACGCAGUAGCAAGGGCUGUGAUUGGUCCGCUCGCUGAAACCCGACGCACAACCAAAACAGGUUCAGCGACUGCGUCCAAGCGACUGCAUGGUCAUUGCGUUGCGUUUGACGUCCAACCGGUCGCCGGGCGUCGCCAUGCUGGUUAUUGUUGGCUCACGGUCGCACGCGCCUGACUCCAAGCCAGUGAGCCCCCCCACCAGCCCGGGAGCUCUCACUUGUACCCCUCCCAUCUCACCGCGACGCUUCCUGUUGUCUGACUGCUCAGAGGAAGCCUGCGCACACAACAGGCUGACGCACAUGUGGGCAUGCGGGCGAACCAGUGUUUACGUCAGUGUGUGUGUGUGGUGUGUGUGUGUGUGUGUCCUGCCGUGUCCCCCUGACCCUUGUCUGAUGAAGCCCGUCCCUCAUAAGCACUUUGUGAGGCCAGCCGCGGGACUGUCCGGUCCGAGAGACCCCUCAGAGAUUAGUGUUGCCCUCCUGAAGAAUGUAACCCACACUGCGGGCAGUCAUCUGAGGUGAGGCGGGUUUAGAGACGGGUUGAGCAGCGGGUGAGCCUGGGAUUAUAUUUAAUGAGGCCUUAGCAUGCUAUAGGGAUGUUAGGAACACUGCAGGGCUCAGCCCUAAACAUAGAAAUAAAGUUUUAACAAGAAGAUACAUCCAAACAGGUCAUUAUCUCAUUACCUUUAAGGCUGUGUCUCGGGAACGCAGCCCCUAACUGUAGUGUCUGCGGCUCCGGGCUACAGCUAUAUGUAGUCUGUGGUGAAAGAGGCACCAGAUACACAUUCGCAUGACAUUUAAUUUACGAGUAAAGUUAUACUUUACAAGAAUGCCUUGCUGCACUCACUGUCAGAAAAUAUGAUAUAACAAAAGAGAGAAUCUUGUCUUUGAAGCAGAGAGACGGCCUCCACAUUAUGAACGAAGGCGGCUCGCUCCGUCGUUAGUUAAAGGGCCCGAGACACAUCGACCCUCCAAUGAAACGUUCCCUUAACAUAUCAGGUUGGAAUAAAUGUCAUAUUUGAGUGGUUCAGCGGGCCUGGGGAGUUAUUUAAACCAAACCCAAAUGUCCCAGCCAGCUCGUAAAGGACUCAGUAGGUCUUCAGAUAUUCAUGUGGAUCCGUUCUGCCCACACGUGAACUCUGCACGUUCGCUAGUAAAACGUAGAAUCAAUGGGAUGCUUUUAUAACGGGGGGGGGGGGGGGGAAUCACAUGCCUUGACAGCAAAGAAUGUACGAAAAUAACUCCCCUCAGGAAAACACAGAGAGACGGGAAGUGGAAAUAUUUUUGAUGAUUAUAUAAUGAGCGAUAUGAGAUUUGCGUGCCAGAGUAGUAAGUAUGCUCACUUUCGGGGGUCCAAGGGUUUGGGAGGUUAUGGGGGUCAGACGUUCUCAGGUUGGUGAGGCUGGGGGGUUAUGGAGGUCGGGGGGGCCGGGGUGAGUCAGAAGUUCUCAGGUCGAUGAGGGUGGGGGGGUUAUGGGGUCCGGGGAUUCGGGGGGCUAGGGCGAGUCAAGUGCUCAGGUCGGUCGGGCUGGCCUCAGAAGGUGCUCUCUGCUCCUCAUCAUCAUGUGAACUCUUGUGUUCCCGUCAGAACCUCUCCCCCCUCCCGCAGUGUGUCCCGUGUAAUGCAUGCAGACCCGAGGGGAACCCAACGGCCCUGGGCCCCAGCGGAGAGUGGUGGAAUACAAACUACCCAGACUCUCACAGCAGGGCCGCUGGAAAUACGGCAUUAAAUGACCUCCCGGCGUUUAAAAACCGCCUUCGCAGAAUUGAAUACUACUUGGCUGCCAGUGAAAACUCAAUUUGUAUUCAUUUAUACAAGCGAGCACAUCUACAUAGCGCGGCUCCAAGCGAUCUCCCGGCGGCGGGAACCUCCUCCCGCUAAACGGGAAUUAGAAAUGUGCAACAAAGAGGGAGAUAAAUGCACUUCAGUCCCUGAUAAACGCACUUCAGUCCCUGAUAGAGUUCACUACACACAAGCACACAAUACACCACACACAAGCUUGCGAUACACUGCACACAGCCACACAAUACCCAACCACGCAAUUCAUUACAACAAGCAGCUGUGACCCGUUGCCCUGUUGUGUUUAAUUUGAAACCGAUGACAUCACAUCCGAGUCAUGUGACCCCCUGUGGACACGGGAAGCAUCGGGAAUGCAUUCUGGGACAUACCAACACUUUUCCCAAAUUCCGUGCAGAACAUCGCCCCCUCUGGUGUCGGUGGCGACACGUGGGACUGCAGAAUGCGCAUGCGCCCACCAGUCUGUGAAUGCUCGGCAUGUUUCAAACACCAGCAGAGAAACCGUUUGAAACGCAUGAAAUGAAAUUGUGUCGCAUCGCCUCAAACACAACGCAUAGAAGGAGAUCCCACGCCAACCUAUACUCUGUCUGUCUUCAAGCCCCUGCUGCAUCUGGUCCGAGGUCAGUCCUAGGUCAGCAUCUGGCCCUAGGUCAGCUUCUGGUCCCUGGUCAGCAUCUGGCCUUAGAUCCUAGGUCAGCGUCUAGUCCUAGGUCAGCGUCUGGUCCUAGGUCAGCAUCAGGCCCUAGUUUCAGCUUCUGGCCAUAGAUCAGAAUCUGGUCCUUGUUCUAGACUGAACUGUAUUUGUGUCUGUUUAAUUGCUUUUAUUCUUCUUUUUGUUCACUGACCAAUAUAAAAACAGGGAGGGAGGGAGGAAAAUUUCAACGAUAUGUCAAUAAUGUCGUUCAUUACUGUCACUUGUAAAUUUCCAAUGUUCACUUCUGGGGUUCUGCUUUUCCAUCCACCUCUUCAAAUGUUCAUGCGUCUGGGAUACUGGGCCCGAACAGUGGGCUACCAGUGACAUACCAGUAACAUACCACUAGCUGAUGAUAGACGGACUCUCAGGUUGUAGUCAGUCAGUAGUUCUGUCUUUUAUCAAGGUUCCCCUGAUGUGCUCUGAGGAACGGGUCUAGAGAAGACUCGGGUGUAGAGAAGAGCUCAUUUCAUGGAGGUUUACGGAUUCACAGCCAAAGGGGGGAACUAACCCAGAGAUGAGCCUGUUCCUGGGGGUGAGGUGAGAAUGCGGCGGAGGAGAAUACAGAGGUUUUGAUAAGGUGGUCUGAUGGACGCGGCUGCAUGCGGCCGUCAAGACUUACGAGAAAAGGAAUCGUCUGUUUUUCAAAAGCUGAAGUCAGGAGAUAUCUUUUUAUAUUUUUUUAAGCCCUACCGUUUCGUAAGAGCGGUGUUUUCCACACCAGCCGUUACACUGAGUUGCAGGAACAUUUAUCCAGUCACAAUUGAACAUCUUUCAACGACAAAUGUGAUGUGUACUGGUUUUCAGCCCCGCCUCCGGACCAUUCCCAGUAGAGCUGAACCAACACUAGAAACCACCGCAAUGUCAACUGGGAUCAGAACUUGUGCUUUAGUUUCCUUUACAAUUUGUGGAUUAUUUUACUUUUUCUUUUUUUUUUUACAGAUGAAGUCACUUCUUGUAUAAAUGUAAAGCAAAUAAACAAUAUUCAGGAAUCAUACCCUUCAAACACCGCAGCGAAUCAAAGCAGGACUUGCAACUUCCUCAACAACUCUGGGUUAAGUAACACACAUCGGAAUCCUUCCGAAUAAUCGACUGUGAUCUUCUGUGUUCCACCACCCACACCUCCCUCACAACGCUCUCCUCCUCUCUGGAGCUACACCUCCAUCCCCCCCCCCCCCCCCCCCCCCCCCCCCCGCCUUACCCUGUGCUCCUCAGUCAUUUGUCUAGUGGGUGGUGUGAUGUCUGGUUUCAGUUUCUGUGUUCUGUGGGGUGGGCUUCUCACAACGGGUCCUGACAAUCAGCGUGUUUGUAAAUGUCAUAAGAAUUGUGGGAUUUUCAAAUCUUUGUUCAUGGUCAGGAUUUUAAAGGAAGAUAUUUUUAUGGUAAUUGUCGCUGGUCUAUUUUACUAUAUAUUUAUGUAAUAAAUAUGUGACUAAAUUUAUAUUUGAAUGUCUUGUUGGUCUGAUAUUGCUUUUGGACAAGCUUCUGCUUUGUGUAGGGCUCCUCCUGGAAACUUUCAAUUAAUUCGAUAAUAAAUUACCUCACUAAAUCAA